AAUCAUUAGCCUUUUUUUGUUAUAAAUAAAGUGAAAUCUGUGAAACCUGUGUGUGUAUUGUAGGUGUAAUAUUAAUAAUUUUAAUAGUAUAGUUAGUUAAAUUAUUUUAAAUAGCUAUUUAUAUUAUAAAUAAUAAUAUAGCAAAAGGUAGGCGUAGGCUUUGCAUGGCAUCGGCAUGGCAAUCAUCUGGCAAUGGCAUAGACACAAGUUUCAAAAUAAUCAAAGUUUUGAGAGAGCUGUCACUCUCAUUCACUCAUUGGUCUAAGAUUUUUCUUAUUUUCAAGCUUUAACUUUUAUUAAUAAACAAUGGCAUCCAGGUAGGAAAUCAGUCAUCAGAUCCAUGUGCUGUGUAAUAAAAUUGUUGUGGUAGGAGUAGGAUGCGAGAGAAAAUUUGCUUGCCCAUUCUUGUGUAGUAUUAAUAUUAAUUAAUUGGAUGCUUUAAACAGUGGAGUGGUUAUCAUGACUGGUGGAGAAUGUACAAGAAAUUAAAUUAAAGUAAAUAACUAAAUAGACUUUCCUUAAUUCAACUUAGAUAUAUUUUUCAAAAAAAUUUCUCAAUCAAAAAUCGGAAAACACAAUAUUUAACCAACAUCCAGUUAGUACUCUUUAAAUGAUAUACACAAUAUUUAACCAACAUCCAGUUAGUACUCUUUAAAUGAUAUAUCACACAACCUAUUUAACAACAAAGUGUCUACACGUCCUGCGCGCCGGACAAUUAGUGCGGGAAAUAUACGUCCGGCAGCCUUGUCACGUGACCGCCGGACGACUGGAAGGCGUUAUUAUUCCGGCAGGUCAUGUGAAAAGUGGUCACCGGCAAAAUAGUUGCAUUGCAUUUGAUAUUCCGAUCCCUAGAUAAUAAAUAUAUGCUGAACAUGUUAAUAUAUUCAAAUGCUCUGAGAUACAUUAAAUGUUUGACUUUGAAUGUUAAAAUAUAUACUAACUAGUAAUACUAUUACUACUAAUAUUACUAGUCUAUUUGAUUCCGACUCUUCAAAGAAAAAAGUCCCUUAUCUUGGUUAAACAUCUUGUAAAGCUCUAGCUUGAAGCUUAAAUUUCAAAUCUGAACAAAAUAAAAUAACACCAGUAGACUUCAAUAGACCUAUGUCAAUAAAGUUGUAGUUCAUGAUUAGUAUUGCAUGAGAAGUAGGCUAGGCUGCCACUAUAUCGGCCCUAUAUUAAGAUGUAGGGUCUUUUCUUUGUGAAAUAUCUGCCUCCCCGCCUUAAACUUAAUUAUUUAUCACGAUAACUAUUAUUUUUUUAGCAUUCAUAUUUUUUUGCUUUUUAGCAUUCAUAUUUUUUUAGGCAGUGUCUACACGUCCGGCGCGCCGGACGUCUAUCUCCCGCACUAUGUGUCCGGCGACCAAGUCACAUGACCGCCGUAACAAAGUGGCGAGAGAUAUCGUGUCGGUCAGCCUUGUCACGUGACUGCGAAUAAUUCAAAACUAUUGUUAAUUUUAAAAUCUAUUUCUCUACCAAGUAAUGUACUGAGUAUCUUGAAUGCAAAUAAUAGAAAAAGAAACUUAAGUGAAAGUGGCUUGUAAACAUUUUUGUUUAGUUUGUUAUUUUUUGUGUACCAGUAAUCCAUAAAAUAAAUUAGGGGCCAGUGUGGCAACCAAUAAAAGUUAAAGAUUUCAUUUUAAAUUAUUUCAAUUGCUACAAAAUAUUUAAAAACUUCUCAUGAAACUACUGUUGCUGAGGAACAUGAUAAUAUAAAUAUAUACAAAAUAUUUUAAUUAAAAUGGGAAGAAAAAAAACGACCCUAUCCCCGGUAUAGAUCCUCAAACAUUCCUAUCGUCAAGCAACCACUCUACCACAAGACCAGACAAGAUGUACUAAAUCGUACUUCGUUUGGAAUUAUAAAAACUACUAGCCGUCCGGCCAUGUCCGGCGGUCACGUGACAAGUCGCCGGACGUGUAUCUUGCGCACGACACGUCCGGCGCGCCGGACGUGUAGACACUUCGAUUUUUUUAUUACCGUAAUUCUCUCUCCACCUCAGCAUUGCUUCCUUCUAGAUUGCAUUAUUGCUUAACCCCCACUUUGUUUUGGUAAUAUACCCAAGUAUUUUUUUUUAUUAUUUGUUUGCAAGAUACUCAGUACAUUACUUCGUAGAGAAAUAUAUUUUAAAAUUAAUAAUAGUUUUGAAUUAUUCGCGGUCACGUGACAAGGCUGACAGACAAAUAUCUCGAGCCACUUUGUUACGGCGGUCAUGUGACUUGGUCACCGGACAAAUCUCCCGCGUGUAGAUACUGCCAUUUAACAAUGAAAUGACAGUGAACCACAUUUUUUCCCAAACCAAAAUGUGAUGUUUUUUACAUUUUGAAAGUUAUCGCAAAACCUGUCUAAUGCAAAAUGUGCAAGAUGGGACAAAAAAUUUUCCCCUGAAAAUGUGUGACGCAGAGACACAUCUUUUGCAUUACAAAUCUUAACUGCUACUACACUGUUUCUUUUCUAAAAUCUUGAAAAACCCUGUGUGAUUGUUGUCAGAUUUUUAUGAGACUGAGGAAUGUGAAUGAACUGAGGGUAUUCUGUGUUAGUGUAAAUUUCGGCCACACAUAGUUAAAGUAAGACUAAUGAAAUGGCAAUAAUGCACAUAUAUAGGCCUGCAUAUAUUUUGUUUAGAUGUUCAUAGCAAGAUUAGUCAAAAACUGUAGCGUAAGCUACUUGUUGUCGUAGAUGUUAAUUUGACUGUCUACAAUAAUAUCUUGCUUGGUUUCAUAAUUAUUCUGUGGUUGUUAAUAUUAUACAUAAUAAUAAAUAAAUUUACCAACUUUGUCUUCCAAUUCUUCUUUUCAUUAUCCAUCCGUCCCUAUAGCGCUACAGCCUAUGUAGGGCGUUGGCCUGCCUCACCACUUCCUUCCACUCAGAUCUAAGCCUACUUAAUGCUUUUCUUUUCCAUCCUUGGAUUCCCAGCUGCUGUAGAUCUUUUUUUUCAUCAUCAUUCCAUUCAAGCCUAGGUCUGCCAUUGAGCCAUUUUCCUCUAGGAUUUUGGUGGUGAUUGUUACAUUAUUCUGGCUGAAACUGCAAAUAGCACAGGCACCACUUCUACCUCAAUUCCAAGGGCUUAUGCUAUUCACAGAUUUCACUGUAUUUUCAAAAAAAAAGAAUCAACUUAUAUCAUAAAUCAUAGGGUUUAUAUUAUUCAAAUAUUGUCUCUCUGUAAGGGCAUAAUAAAACAACCACUAUUUAAUUUUAAAAAAUUGUACUAGAUCAAUGGUCGGUUAUGGUUUUUUUUUUAUGAGAAGCCCUUUGAAUAAAUUAUAUGAUUUUUGUACUAUAUCUGUUAAGAAAAUAUUUUUGGCUUCACAUGUCUUUACAGAUAAGUAAAAAAGGGGCUUUAAGUAUAUCUUGAAGUUUCAAAAAGAGUAGUUGCUUAGUCGUGGGUUGCUGACCACGUUAUUGUAUAUUAAAUUCUAGUCUUUUCAAUUUACAGGUACAGAUUUUACCAGUCCAUGUUGCAACAAGUAAGUGUCUUUGUAACUUAGAUUUGUCAUUGAAAUAAAUGCCACUGUGUCCUGUUUCAUUUUAAAAUAUGCUAAGCGUCAAGAAUUUUGUUGGGUGUACACAAGAGUAUCACUAGACACUAAGUCCUUUCCAAAGAUUAAUAAAUCAUUUUUUUUAUUACGUUAACACUACUUAUCCACAGUCUCGUCAGUACAAACGAUAACACAAAUAAUCCAUUUAUUGCAGUAAGUUUGCUAACAACUUAGCCAAAAAAAUACGCACUAAGGUAGAACAUUUUUGUUGGGUUGAAUUACAGGGUACAAUUUUGGGUAGGCUUAUUUGUUCAGCAUGGUUGUUGCACUUUCUGAGGAAAAAAAAUCGACAUGGGUCACUUUUAUGGAAAUUUAAUUGUAUACUCUCUAUUUAUAAACCACUUGAAAGUGAUCACUAAAUCAAGGAAAAUAGUUAAAAAUUAAAAAAAUAAAAAAUCAUUGCCAUUUAAACAUAUUUUUCUCUCCUGAUGAAGAGCCUCAUUAUUGUAUUUCCUGGUGUGGGGUAAAAUUUUAACAGCUGUAAGCUGUCUUAUAGAUUAAAUUCAUUACCUUAAGCUUGUAUUAUGAAACUUUUUGGCCUUGUACUAGGCAGAGUUCACUUAGAUGCAUUAGUUUAGAGCAACCUGUUUAAAAAAAUCACUUAGUAUUACAAUAGACAUGAUGCAUACCAAGUUUAGUUAAAGUAUGAUUGUUUUCUUUGUCACAGGUAACCAGCCCUUGAACAUUGUCUCUUCAAAUAAUGGCAUCCAGUGCCAAUUUGAAUCUUAUUGAAUGCCCAUAUGAUCCAGGACAUAUGAUAUCACCCAUUCGGAUGCCAUACCAUCUUUAUAAAUGCCGAAAGGUGAGAAUGUAAUUAAGCACUGUAAUGCGAGAUAUAUAUAUUAUUUUAUAUCAAUUAUAAAUAUAAAUUCAUUAUUUUAACAGUUCAAUAAUUAUUCAAUUUUCUUUGUCUCACAAAAUUUAUUUGCCUAACAUUGACUAAAAAAAGACCUGAAUUAGAGCAGAUUAUUAUAAUCCAAGGGGUUGAAAAUUACAAGAGGUUGAAAGAGACUUUAAAGAACAAAAUAUUUGUGCUCAGAUUUUUUGGAUUUGUAAGAAGAUAAUUUUAUUUAAUUUUAUUAAAAACAUUUUUUAAAAAACAAAAUUUUCAUAAUAAACUUCAUUCUACAGUAGCAAAAAACUAUCAAACAUAAAAAAUAAAAUAAUUGGAAUAAAAUUGCAUGUUAACAGUGAGAAUUUGUUUCCUCAGAAUUUUCCAUUGAUGGAAAUGGUGGUUUGUCCUUUCAAUGGGUUUCACGAGGUGCAGAAAGCAGAGCUGAAAUACCACAUGCUGAACUGUCCUGAUAAAACCAUUUUAGAAAGAGAUAUUUGUUUUUGUAAGUUCUGACCAAAUUUUUCUCAAAAAUGUAUUUAAAACAUUUUAUUUUUUGUACAUUUUGUGUAAAAUUGUGAUUGUCACAAAACGGUUGUUACGGAGGAGGGCUCCGGUCCCAACUUAUCACAAACUGUGUUGACUUAGCAGUGGUCAGUACAGGACCGCUCCUCUCUGUGAUUUAUAUUGUGGGUAUCUGGGCGUUGAGACAGACAAAAGCAUAACGAAGACUGGAACAAAAUCCAACUCAAACUCCAGGUUCCAAUGAUAAAAUAGACUAUAUUUAUUACUCAAAUAAAAAGUUCUUCAAUAGUCUUUGCUAACACUGUCAGCUAUCUACGACUGUUUCUAAACUGUUAAACUAUAUUGUCUCCUAUGUUCCACCAGUCAACUCGUCUCCUGAUCUCUUGCGACUAUUACCUAACAACUGCUCAAUUCUAUCGUAGCUCUUUUCUCUCUCUUCCUCAACUGACUGGCAGCUCUUCUCUAUCUUCCUCAACUAACCUUAACUCUGUGAAAGCUCUGUCUUAUAUGUGAUUCUCUACCCCCAUAGGUUGUCCAGGAAUGCUAUCUAUAAACACACCCCUGCCCCCUAUUUCCGGUCAAUUAGAACUUCCCGUUGUUAACCCAAAAGUUAUAUCAUGCCAAGUCAUGGAAAGAAACCAUCCCCUCUAUCUCCAAGAUGUGACAAUCUAUUAACCUUAAUUUACCCCCAUAACAAUGGCGUCCCUAAACUAACAACAGUUUCCGUCCAUCCAAUAAGUUAUCUUAACCACAAUGGAGCUCUGUCCUGUACCCCCGCCCCAGUCAUUUGUGACAGUGAUCAGAAGUAGAAUAAAUGCCCCAUGCCUUCAGUUUUGGUACAGACAGAGCCGGAACUAGAGAAAUAUAGGUGAAGUACCCACAGAGAUGAGCACCAAUUAUUUAAGGUCACCAUUUGUCAUACUAUCAAGUAACUAUUUUAGUUUCAUUUAUUACAAUUCUCAAGCAGUCAUUGUUUAACUUUGUAUAUUUUAAUGAGAUGGUUGUACCAUUCAAAUAAUGUCUAACACAUCACUUUUAUUCUUGUACAGCAAAUGUGAAUGUUACUUUGUAGACUACUCAUUAUCUAUCCUAACCUUAGGAAGAUAUAGUAAAAGAAAUAUUAAAUACCACAUUCUGUUGUUUGCCGUUGAUGGUUAUGAGGUUUGGGUGGCGGUUAAAACCCAUGCCAAUGAUUUUAGCUACGUGGCUGUGAGAAAGCCACUCCUAGGCAACCGUUUCGUCCCAGCUUUCCGUCCCUACAGAAAGACUCCCUGGGGGGUAAGGGGUUGUAACGCAACAACUUCCCUCCAGAGUGGUAGGAAAACUGCCCAAGCCACUGGAAAGUCGACUGCAUACGCUUUAAAUGCAUUUUUGGUCGACCGGACAUCCCCCAGGCCAGGGGGGAGGUUCCCCAUGUGCCACGGCAUGGCCUGGCAGCGGGGAAACCAGGUAUCUGGCCCGUGUGUGGGGUGCCGGGGGGCAUUAUGAGCUCGUGCUCGACGGACCACCAACGCCAUUUCCCAAUGAGACGUAUGACUUCAAGAGAGAACAGAAAUGAUAAAGUAUCUUAAAAAGAGAGUUGUAAACCUCUUUUAAAAACAAUAGUUAAAAUAUGAUUAGACUCGGCUACUGAGAAUCAAUUAAAAGCAGUUUUGAUCCACACCGUUUAAAUAAUUUGUAUGUAAAUAUGUAUCUUCCCCUAGCUAUGAUGAAGGAGGCAUCAAAGAACUCAAAUCAAGUCCUGAAGGGUUGUACAGAGCUGCCACCUUCCAGAGAUUUCCUGCCUCAUGAUACUGAGGAAGAUUGGGACUCAGGUAAGUUGUGAUAAUGCAGAGUAAAGGCCGUAUGCUGCUAAGUUGAGUUUCUCUCGGGAUAGUCUGGGUUAGGGGAUGGAUAGGAAAAUAUUUUUAAUUUUAUAAAUUGAAUUUGUUGGGGUUUUUUUUUUGGUGAAAAAUGUUUUAUGCAUCAGGCACUGUAUUUCAUCUUUGCUGAAGGUAAAACCAACACUUUUGGAAAAUAUUUCAACACUGUGUUGCAUAUCUGCCACUGGGCUACCACCUACGACACAGUCAUCAGUUAGCAAGGAAGUCCCUGAGUAUGUCAGUCAUGACAUUAGAUUUUGUUUGAGCGUCUAUGAGGUUAAACACAGUUUUGCAUCUUUUCUGUAUCUGGUGCUGUUGCCAAUGUUGCGUUAACUGAAAGCUACAGUCAGUAUGUCAUAGAACACAAGGCUGAAUAGUCUUUAUUUGAUGAAACCUUGCUAAAGUGGUUUGUGAUAGGGAAUGGUUGAGAUGGCUCUCAUCCUGCAUUUUGGUUAUGGAAUUUCUGCACACUGGGUAUGAACUUCCUCAGAAAAUUGGAAAAGAUAUAUAAAGACCUUCUUUGUUGACAUUGUAAGAGGCCUUGGUCAACUAUUGACAAAUGUCUGUUUUUUUUUGCACAAAAUGUGUACAAUUUUUAAGAUUGAAAAGUCUUUGGUUGAUUUUUUAUACAGACUUUGGCAGUUUUCAUGCCAAGUCAGCUUAUUAAUGGUGACACCUAGGUACUUAUGUCUUUACUUGCUCUUUACUAUAAUUUUAUAUUGUAAGAUCUGCAGUUGGGUGAUUCCCUAUGUGCUUGUACAAGAGAGCAGUUGAGGCGCCUUCAGAAUCCAUGGAUAUUGUCUCCUUUGCCACAUCAGUAGAAACCUCUGAAGGAGACUUUUUUUAUGCCCAUUCAUAGUAGUAGUAGAUUUCAACAGAAAUAUCUGAACCAGUGGUUUUACCACUUGAGGGAAGUUGUAUCACUUCUAGUUUCUUUUUCAAGGUUGGGAAAUGUUGGGUGGGGUCCUAAUCCAGUUCUUUGAUUGAUAAUUCAAUUUUAAAAAGGUAGAACUAGAAAAUUUUGAAAAGAUUAUUAUCUUUCAUUGUAUCAAGCUAUGUAAUAACUUAUUUUUUAUUUGUAUAUUGUCACAGAAAGAAAUUUUGAAAGUUUUUCAGCAUUCUCAACAGAGGGUCUGAGACAGUAAGUGGACACCAAUAUUUUAUUUAUUGAUUAACCUCUGUUGCUUUUGCCUUUUAUUAUGCAUGGGGAAGCCUACAAUAUUGAAAAUGUUUUUAUAUGUAAUGUAACGGUACAUGUUCCAUAAUUAUAUUGUUUUCGUUAAGUCCAGUAGAUUUUUUUUAAUGAAACAAUCACAUGAGUGUGAUUGCCAUUCAUCAACCAGCUCGUGUUUUGGCACGAUUUUUUCAUUCAUAAGUGCUUAAAUCGCAAAUAUACCAAAAAACAAGGAUUCUAGAUGUUAAAUUGUGUCAUUAGUAAGGAUAAACAGAAAAAUGAUCUAAAAGCGACAUUCUUACAAAUGCAAAAAAUCAUCUGCUAUUUUUAAUUUUGUUACCUUUUUUGUUUUACUGUAAAAAUCUAUGUAUUAAUGUUAUAACUUGAAGAAUUCAAUUUUGUUUUGUAUUUUUUACAAAAUUCAAGUAGUAGUCUUCUGAAAAAUGCAGUUGAUACCUUUUUCUAAUACAAAGUAGUUGUAAACUUUUCUGUCUAGUAAUUCAUUUUGGCCAGUGCUGGGGUAAAGUUUAAAUGUAAAUGGGAUCCUUGUCUACUAGAUGUGCUAUGCUGAUAUAGUGUUGAGAAAUUGUUGUUCUAAUGAAUAUUUUAAUAUGGCCGCCCAAGCUAGAAAAUAUAUUUUCCAAAAUAUAAAUUCCAAAAUGUAUUAAAGUACAAUUUUAUAUAUUUUUUAACAUGCCCAGUUUAUUUAUGUAUUUGUUUACAGUUACCGUCAACAGGAAAGAAGAGACCUAGUGCCAUCUCGUCCACCAAUGAGCUCUGGAGCAACAGCUUGUAUUUCAUCUCAAAUCUGCAAAAGUAGAAUGGAACAAGACAUUGCAUUGCAUAAUCCUUCAAUACAGUUGGUUGGCGUGGGGAGGGCAAGAACAUGUGAGUAAUUGCUAUAAAAUAUUUGGUUUUUUUUUGGAGACUAAAUCUCCAGCUAAAAUGUCAGAAUUCUUAUUGUCUUAACUCGAAAUUUUUAAUAAUCUGAAAAGAAGUAUAAGAAUAAACAUUAUUUUUUCAGUAACUGCAUGUGCCAGGGAAGUUGCCAGUAUUGAGCCAAAGAUGGCUGAUUUAAUGUCAGCAACCUCUUCAACUUCAAAGUUUCCCCAUUAUCGAGUUGUGGGAAAAGGGAGGUGAGCUAAAAUUUAAUUAGGAUUAUAAUUUAUUAUAAAUCAGUACUUUCCAUGAUGCAUUCAAUUUGCUUGCACUUACCAGUUGAAUUUAAUUUCAAGUAAAUCCUAUUCUUUUAUGGGAACCCUAGAUUGUACCCUGGUUUACAUAUUUGAAUUAAACUUUGCAUUUUCUGACUUUUUCAACACUUGUAUUUUUUGAAAGCCUUUGUAUUUUUUGAAAGCCUAACUUGUUUACAGAGCAAGUUAGAGCUGAUUCAUGCAGCGUAAAUAUUGCCCCUUGACUUUAAACUCAGAGCUUUCCUUUUUACAUGUUUAAUGUUAUUGAAAGCUAAAUAUCUAUGUUUCUGUAUUAACCGUAGUUAUAAUCAUUUAUUUUUGCUCCGGCGGUACUGCAGAUGCAUAAAACAAGUGAAAAUGAACUUUCAUUUUCUUCUGCAGUCCAGUCCACCAUAAAAUGUGGAGAUUUGUAGAGAUUUUUUAAAGAAAUUUUUUUAUAACUUACUGAUAAUAUAAAUAAAAAUGACAAGGGGAAAUGAAUUAACUUUGGUUAGAUUGAUUAAUUUUCUUUUCUAUUGCAGAGGAUUAGCAGGGCUAAAGAUUUCAGACUAGGAAACCAUUUCAACACUGUUGACAGCAAUCUUAAGCUCUAUAAUUCAUCCCUAAAUGACAUCCAGAUAGUCAAAUCAAGCCUUUAAAAACGUAUUUUAAUUUUAUUUUGAAUUGUUUUAUGAUUUUAUAUUUAUUUGUUUAUGUAAACCAAGAGAAAGUUUUUUAAUCUUGACUUGAUUGUUUUUAAUUUUUUUUUCCUUCUGCAACAAUAAUCAUUGUCCUGAAGCUUAUAAUUUUUUUUUUUAAAUCGACUGUAAUUUUAGCUUGUUUUGAUAUCCUAGUUGCCUUGCCUUAAUUGAGUGUAAUCUCUUAUCCUGGUGAUACUCCUCUUGACCAAGGAAAGAAAUUUAAAAAAAAAUGACUAUUUAAAAGAGGAGCUUGAGAAAGGUGACAUUAAAGGUCGACCCUUGGGUGGCACAAACUCUAGUCAUUGCUCUCUUUCAUCAAAGCCCUCAAGUGUAAGUGCUUGAAGUUACAAUUGCAAUCAUUGCAUUAAAUAUAAAAAUUCUUAAGUUAAAAUUAGAAAUUAUGAUAAAAUUAAGCUUAAAAGCCAAUUUUAAUGUUUUCUCUUUUUUUAAAACUUUUUUACCCACAAGUCAGCAUAUUUUUACAAAGUAUAUAUGGGUUGCUUCCAUAAAAUAUUUUGACCUGUUGUCUAUUAUAGACAUUUUGUUUUAAUAUUUCUAAAUUUUGUUUUAAUAUUUCUAAAUUGUUAGCAUUUUAUUGAAUUAAAAACUAUGGUUAAGGUUUGUUGAGGUUGGUGUCUUGCUACUAGUUGCUUCAUUUCUCACUGCCUAGUCCAAAGAAAGAAGUCCAAAAGAAACCUAUUAUGCUUGUUGAGCAAAAGUUGGAUACUACCACCUGUAGACGUCAUUUAAAACUUUGAGUUAAUUAAUAUUGGCAUUCAUUACCAGUCACGAAAUCUAGCUUCAAAUCCUUCAGGCAAUAUUUCCAAGCAAAUGUUUUCAUCAUAAAUUGGCCUAUGUCAGCAUCAAUAGCAAAUAUCUACAUGAGACUCUGCAGGAGUUUGGAAUACCCAACUAACUGACAAGACUGAUUAAGUAUAACAUAAACAACCCAAAAAGCAAAAUCAAGGUUCAGGGUGAAAAUUCAAGGGAAUUUCAGAUUAGAUAGAGGUCUAAGACAAUGAUUCACUGUCUUGUACGCUAUGUAACCUAACAUUGGAGAGAGUAUAAGAAUCAUAAGAAGCAUAUAUUAUCAUUAUUAGUGGUUUGAUAUAGGAUGGUAUAGCCUAUAUAACAAAACCUGAGGAACAGUAACAGGAUACCUUCAUAGUAAUCUAAAGGAAACCCAAGACCCUCAACAAAUAGACACUCUCUACAACCAGCCCCUUCAGUAUCUUUCAUAUGCUGAUGACAUAGCACUGUAACAGAAAAGUAGUAAAGAUUUAUCAGAAGCUUUUUUUGAAGUAGAAGAUGCCUCAGUUCAAGCAGAACUCAAAGUUAAAAAACAUAAUACAUGAUUAUGUUAAGAUAAGAACAGACAGAUAAAACCAUUAAGAUUAGAAACAACACUUUGGAAAAAAAUAAAUCAAUUCAAAAAGCUAAGAUCUUUAUGAAAUGAAUUAAUAACAGAAAUAAAAGAAAGAAUAUUGGCUGGAAACAGGGCAUAUUUCAGUAGUCAGAAAGUACUAAAAAGUUUUUAAAAAUUACAAGAAAAUCAAAGAAAACUAUAUAUAAGACUGUAAUAAGACCAGUUGUAACAUAAUUAAGUGCAAUUUGGACCCUAACAAAAACUGCAGAUUAAAUACGUGGGAGAGAAACUUUCUUAAAAAACAAAACUUGUAUAGAUCUUUGAUUCUCUUUUAAAUAGAUAUAUGAAUGAUUUUUAUGAGUAAAUUAGAUAAUUUUUGGUCAGUUUUUAAAAAUAGGUAAUUUUUGUAAUUUUUUUGCCCUCCCCCCCAACCCGGUAAAAUUUGAAAAUUUUUAU